AUGAGAUGAACCUCGCUGUUCCUCAGCAACCGUGACGUCACAGCCACAACCAAUCGGAGGCUUCGCAGCUCUCUCACACACCUAUCGCGAGGUUAUCAAAUUAGCCUCGUUAGUGAGGUAGCGGUCGGAGCUGGAUUCUGUACAGGCGCCUGACUGUUUUUUAUUCUUCUAGAAGCAUCAAGACGACUUCACUUGGUUGAUCUAUUGAUAGUUUUUUGUCCCUGCGUGAAAGUAAACUCAGCGGACCUUGGUUUUGACGGUUCCCAAUGAUGAGUUAUGCUGAAAAGCCAGAGGACAUAACAAAAGAGGAGUGGAUGGACAAAUUAAACAAUGUUCACAUUCAGAGGGCGGACAUGAAUAGGCUCAUCAUGAAUUACUUGGUGACAGAGGGCUUCAAAGAGGCAGCAGAAAAGUUUCGGAUGGAGUCAGGAAUUGAGCCCAGUGUGGAUUUGGAUUCUUUGGAUGAAAGAAUUAAGAUUAGAGAGAUGAUCCUGAAGGGACAGAUCCAAGAAGCUAUCGCGCUCAUCAACAGCCUACACCCAGAGCUACUGGACACAAACCGAUACUUGUAUUUCCAUCUGCAGCAGCAACAUUUGAUUGAGCUAAUCAGGCUAAGAGAGACUGAGUCGGCCCUGGAGUUUGCUCAGACGCAGCUUGCAGAACAGGGGGAAGAGAGCCGAGAGUGUCUGACGGAGAUGGAGCGAACGCUCGCCCUCCUGGCCUUCGACAACCCCGAGGAGUCGCCCUUCGGAGACCUGCUCAACAUGAUGCAGCGGCAAAAGGUGUGGAGUGAGGUGAACCAAGCCGUGCUGGACUAUGAAAACAGGGAGUCGACCCCUAAACUGGCUAAACUCCUGAAGUUACUGCUGUGGGCUCAAAACGAGUUGGACCAGAAGAAGGUUAAAUAUCCUAAAAUGACGGACCUCAGCACCGGCGUCAUUGAGGACCCCAAGUGAACGUAAAAAAAAAUAAAAAAUCAGUCGUCACCUACACGUCUACUUAAUUUAUGAUCCGCCAGCGACUGCGUUACAACCGGGUAACAUGUUGUACAGUUUUUUUUUUGUUUGUUUUUUUUUAUUUUCACGUCAUUUAUACUCAUCGUGGAAACGGUAGUUGCUGUAUUUGCAAAAUGACACAAAUGUUUCAGUUCAAAUACAGUUUCUGGGUUUUACAAAAUUCAA